AUGAAACGAGGACAGCGUAUCGUGUGCAGCAGACCCAGUGGUGAGAACGAACGUGAGAGAAAAAAAAAACCAUAAUCGAAAAGAAGGGACGAUGGAGAGAUGGAUAACGCGUGCACAUGCGGAAGUGGAGAAAAGAAAAGGGAAAAUGCGAGGGGGAGGAGGGUGCGGAACAAAGGGAGAAGAAUGGAGAGGCAACUGGAAGAAGUACAACUGGCCUCGUCUCUGCGCUUUCGAGGCGCUGAUGGCUGUCUGGCGGGUCACUUCACCGUUGAAACGCGAAGUGGACUUCACUAUAACCACCCAACCUUUUCGGAUACGCCUGGGCACACUCGGUGAUGUUGCCAACCUCUAG